GGCAGGAAGCAAAAGCGGCCAUUGUUGUUGUUCCAGCACAGCGAUCGGCGGCGUUUGUUCACCGCGCAGCUUGGAUCAUGCCGGCAGGGAAGGCUUUUCGUCGAAGGAAAGUGGACUCCGAGGACGAGGAGGAGGACGAGCAGGUCGCUGAGGAAGUUCGAUUAAAACUGGAGGAAGCAAAAGAAGUGCAGAAUCUCAGGAGGAGACCAAAUGGAGUGAGUGCUGCUGCUCUGCUUGUGGGAGAGAAAUUACAAGAAGAGACAACAUUGGUGGAUGACCCCUUCAAGAUAAAGACUGGCGGAAUGGUAGACAUGAAGAAAUUGAAAGAACGAGGCAAGGACAGGAUCAGUGAGGAGGAGGACCUCAACCUCGGAACCUCUUUUUCGGCCGAGACCAACAGGAGGGACGAAGAUGCGGACAUGAUGAAAUAUAUUGAAACCGAACUGAAGAAGAGGAAGGGGAUUGUGGAAAAUGAGGAGCAGAAAGUGAAGCAGAAGAACGCAGAGGACUGUCUGUACGAACUCCCUGAGAGCAUCCGAGUCUCGUCAGCCAAGAAGACCGAGGAGAUGCUGUCCAAUCAGAUGCUGAACGGCAUUCCCGAGGUGGACCUUGGGAUUGAAGCCAAGAUCAAAAACAUAAUCUCGACCGAAGAGGCCAAGGCACGGCUGCUUGCCGAGCAGCAGAAUAAAAAGAAGGACAGCGAGACCUCCUUCGUCCCCACAAACAUGGCGGUGAAUUAUGUGCAGCACAACAGAUUUUAUCAUGAAGAACUGCACGCACCAGUAAGAAGAAAUAAAGAAGAACCCAAAGCCCGUCCCUUGAGAGUGGGAGAUACAGAGAAACCAGAACCUGAGAGCUCGCCUCAGAACCGCAAGCGUCCUCCAAAUGAAAAAGCGACAGAUGACUAUCACUAUGAGAAAUUCAAGAAGAUGAACAGGCGCUACUGAAGCCGGCUCGUCUGAAUAACGUAGGAAAAGCGGAGCGCCCAGACAUUUCCUCUUCUCAUUGGCCAGAGAAAAAAGUGUAAAUACAUUGUGAAAGUGACAAUAUUCCUCAUUUCUUGCAGGUACUAUUUUUGCCACUAGCGUAGACCUUAGCAGAACAGUGAUUGUUGGCUCUUCCUUUCCAUGUUGUUAUGUGUUGGUUUUUCAUUUAUAAAACUUUCUGUUUUAAACACA